GUCCGUCAGCAGGAAACGAGCAGGCCCUCUUCUGUCUGCUUCCUCACCUCACCUCACAUCGCCUCGUCUCGUCUCGUUUCCCCUUCCGACGACGACCAACCGAUCGACCGCAGCCCACGCCUCAAUUGCGCCGCGCAUGCCUCCUCUCCUUGCCCGCGCCGCCGUGCAAUGUCACAAUAGCCCGCCUGUACGCCUUGCCGCCGUCGCCUUUGCGCCCCAAUCGCUCUAAUCGAAGUCGAUCGCGACGAACGACGAGACGAAGAACCAUGGCCUCCUCCGCGGCGCCGACUUCGGCUUCGGCCUCGGCCCCAACCACCACCACCACCACCGGCACCGCCAACCCCGACGUCGCCGCAAAGACCGACGAGCGCAGGAAAAAGGCCAAGCCUCCGGCUAUACGGUAUCCCUUUUGGUUCGGCGGCAGCGCCAGCAGCAUGGCCGCCUGCGUCACGCAUCCGCUUGAUCUGGACAAAACCAAAAACAUGCCUGUUGGCCAUGGCUCGUCACGCUCCUCCGACUAA